CUCCGGCCAUUUUUGCUUGACUAAAUAGAUGCAUGUUAGUGUUGCUGGUACUCCGGAGGUGAAAAUAUGUGAAGAAGAAAAGAAGAAAAAAAAGUUUCCGUUGAUUUUGGCGGUCAGUAAAAAUUUUCUUUAUAGCUCGCGGCUUGCUCGCUGGAGGGUAAAAAAAAAAUUGAUUUGCAGGUUAGGGCUGACAUUUCACUUUUUCGCAGGUUGCGGUUCCCCCGCGCGUGCGCGCUCUUACCCUCACGCUCACUCGGCGACUUUCCAACCACCAACGGGCUACAGCAUUUCUUUGGAUCUGUGGGCAAGGGCCGUGGGUCACGCCCACGAGGAGGGAUCGACUGCAAGCUCCUCCUCCUCCUCGAAGAGGAGCCAGGCCCCACGCCAGUGGCUCCCCCCGAGCAGGGGCCAGCGGAGCGGCUCGCACAUCCUCUAGCGCAAUUGUACCGAGACAUAAGCUUUACACGCGUGCCGCACAAUGAUUAGCUUUUGUACUUCCGUGUCAGGCUAUUUGAUUCUCCUUUUUUUCUCUCUUGAGUCAUGCCCAUUCAACCUGUAGAACGACCAGGCAUUGGCGCUAGCCUACCCUGUCCCAGCCGCCUUGCGGACCACCCUCUCACCCCUCCAUCACAGCUUCCUCCAACUAACCUCUUGUUUCUCUCUCUCUCUCCAACUUUUCUUCUUGUCUCACGACUUUGGUGGCUCGAUUUUUCACCUUUGUCCUGCACACAGCACAUACCGCUCGCCGCCGCCCACUUCCCAAAAGAGUUGCAAACGUGCCAUAUCUGAUUUUGAAUUGUUUAUCCGACGAUAUGGAGACGCAGGACCAAUACCAAAACCUGCAGCAUGCGACAUAGGCGCAUUUAUGAGUUUUUAUUAUUAUUAUUAUUAU